AUGCCGGCCUCCUACUGUGCCCAACCGACCCGCAAUAUCCUUAUUAUCGGGGCGACGGGCGUCAUAGGCACAUACAUCACACGGGCCAUUCUUGAUGCAAGAGAACAUUUUGAUCGAAUUUGUAUCUUGACCAGCCAGAAGACGUUGGUGGAGAAGGUCCAGGAUAUUGCGGCGCUGGACGCGUGGGGUGUGGAAAUCUUCACGGGCAGGUUGGAGAAAGAGUCUGCGGUCAAGAGGGCAUAUGAAGGAAUCGACACGGUGGUUUCCUGCGUCGGUAGGGGUGGCAUAGAGAAACAAAUCAACCUCAUCACAUGGGCCGAGCAAGCGGGCGUGCGACGCUUCUUCACCUCCGAAUAUGGCACCGACAUUGAAUACUGGCCCCAGUCGGCCCAUGAGCCACCACAUCAGCUCAAAUUGAAAGUCCGCGCCCACAUGAAGACUAUGAAGACGCUGGAGCAUACAUAUCUGGUCACUGGUCCCUAUAGCGACCUAUAUUUUGGGACCAUGAAGGCAAGACCUGAACUCGGCCAGUUCGAUGUGAAGGAAAAGAAGGCAGUGUUACUGGGAGACGGAGAGGGUCCAGUCAGUUUUACUGCCAUGGCUGAUGUCGGGAAAUUUGUAGUCGCAGCCCUGAUGAACACCACCGCAUCUCGGAACACGACAUUGAUCGUGCACUCAUUCACCGCAACGCCACACGAAAUCCUAGCCGAGUACGAACGACAGACUGGCUGUCAGUGGGAGAAAUCAUACACGACGCUCGAACGGUUAAAAGAGAUUGAGAGAGAAGAGUAUCAAGUCUACUCGGCGCUAGCCACAGUUGUGACGCUACGGCGGAUCUGGACCGAAGGCGGAACGCUGCACAAAUACUACGACGAGACCAUCCUCGGGCAAGUCGAUGCAGAGACACUGGAAUCUCAGGUCGCAGCAAAUAUCCGGAAGCAAGAAGAUGGUGAAGGCGACUUCCCCAGUCUGAUGCGAAAGCUGAGUUUGACUUGA